AUGGAGCUGGGGACCCCCUGGGACAUAGUGCCCCUGCAGGCUGGAGCAGAGGCCUGUGCCUGUGAAUGCCAUGAUCGGAAGAAGGUUGGGGAGAGGACUGAUGCCAGCCAGCUGCCUCACAGGGAGGUGGAAACACGUGGCCAUGCCAUUAGCAUCCUGUUCUGGAUGAGUUUCAUCUGUGACACCUACAUAGUUCUUACUGGGAACAACGGGAUUAAAAGCGGCCCUGGUGCUGGUUCCUCUUCUGAUUAACCACACCGUACACAGCGGAACAGAAAGCCAAGCUGCACAGAAGACGACCAAAGUCAGGUGCCAGAAGCGGGCCUGGUGGUGGCGCUACAGAUGCUCACUUUCAUCGGGCAGACCUACAUUGUCUUGUUCUCCAAAUUCCUCUUAAUGCAGCCAUAG